AUGUCUUCAACCACUACCACCACCACCAACCCACCCAAGUUUGAAGUAAAGGCUACCGAUUGGGACAGAACAGCUGCAUCAUAUGCCCAGCUUGCCUCUCAAGGCAGCCCCAUGUCUGUUCCCAUCACGAAGCUGGUCGAAAUGCUACAAACACUGUCAUCCUUCGACACCGCAACAACCAUUCUAGACAUAGGCUGUGGGCCCGGCAGUGCAACCUCCCAUCUGAUCUCUACUCACCACGAUAUCCUUCCAUCCAACACUCAAAUCCUGGCCACUGAUUUUAGCCGUGGAAUGAUCAGCAUCGUACAGCAAGUACGUGACUUCAAGCUUGAGAAACUCUCAGAAGGCACAGAGAAAAGUACCUGGAGUAGAGUCGUUCCUCUGGUUAUGGAUGCCCAGGAUCUGCGUCCUUUGCUUGAUGACUCAAUCUCACACAUCAUUGCCAACUUUGUGUUGUUCAUGGUCGAUGAUCCACAAAAGGCGCUGCAAGAAGCCCAUCGUGUGUUGAAGAGUGGAGGAGUUUUUGUUCUGUCUUCGUGGCACCGAAUGGAUUGGAUGGACUGCCUUGUCAUCGCUGCCUCAAACGCCUUUCCUACCUUGGGCAAACCUACCCCUCAGUUGCCAAAGUUUCCUGCUCAGUGGGCGAGUGUGGACGGUGUCCGAGACUUGUUGAAGGAUGCUGGGUUCAAAGACGUGCAGGUGAACACUGUGGGAGCUCCUAUUAUUAUGCCCAAGGUAGAAGCAUCUGUGCAUGCCUUCCUUACUAGUGGCAACCCUGCUGUCACUUGGAUUACGGACGUUCUGGAGGAGAAGGAGAUCGAAGAGGUCGAAAAGCAGCUGGUCAAGGUGGUCAAGGAGAAGUGCGGAGUCAACGACAACGGCGGUUACGUCCUAAAUGGUACUGCUAUUCUUGCUAGCUGUCGCAAGUAG